AUGAAGCGAAGCACUUCGUUGUUGUUUCUUGCGGUCUCGGUCAAAUUGACAAGCGCUCAGGACGCGACAGCAACAACACCAACUGCAUGUAGCAGUACACCAUCACCUUCUAGACUAUCCGAUAUCUUUUGGCAACUUCGCGAUCUCGAAGAAAACCCGCCGACGCUAGGCAAGAACGUGUAUAUAGGCCACCAGAACCAAACAUUUUGUUGUCUUCGUGCGGUGGGCGAAGCUCUUGCGAUUGUGAAUGGUACCUUAGUCAAGACCAACGACUUCAUCCAAGCGGCACCGGACGACUUAAUUCAGAAGGCCAUACACUCAAACCAAUUUCCGUGUGACGCAAUUUACAAUGGGAACCCCAGUGGUGCUCCCCUCGUGGAGGUACCGUAUGCUUGGUGGGCAGAUAAUUGCCCAGGUUGGCAGCUUAAUGAUCGCAACAAUUUAGAAUCAUGGCUACAGCCGCUAAGCGGGUUCUUGAUUCCUGCCAUUCCCCUGAUCUUCAGUAUACCUCGACGCAGGAAACUCGAGGUCUACCGACAAUUCUUUAUCGCCGAUCUAUCUGGUGUGAAAAGUUAUUUGGCGGCACCACUCGGGGCUUUAGGCGCUGCAAUCAUCGUCAUCUUGGACACAGUAAUAUGGCUGUCAACAUGUUUUGCUUUUGCAGCGCCAAUGAUACUGAGUGGGCUAUACGAAGCCGUGUUGGAUAACAGAAUGCUCGAAUUUCUUAAAGAGAAGAUGCAGAACAAACGACUCACACUUGAUAUGAGAGCACGUUGCCUAAUGGUCAUCUUGAUCGGUAAUCUGGAUUUGGCCUUGGAUGACGGAAACACCCAAAGUAAUCAGUUACGGCACUCAGAAGCUGCACAUGAAGUCAUCGAGGGCCAGCCUGGAGAUUUACUGCCGAGGCAAGCCGCUGUUGCGGAAACUGGAAUAAAGGAAGGAGAUGAUGCGCCCCCGGGACAACAGUCACACCUGCCUCCCGAGAUUGAUAUCGAAGAACCCUCUCAAACAGACGAUAUCGAAUUAUCUUCUCUCACAGAGCGAGGGAACGAGCGUCCUAGGAGAGUUUCGACGUCAAGAUCGCUGGCACCUUCCCCGCUAACAGGGCUAAGAAAUGCCAGUCCUACUUCAGAGAGUACAAUGUUGAAUCAAGAGCAAUCCCAACAUCCUCCUAAUAUACCCAGUCCAAGGCAGAGUCAGGUGUCUUUUCGUUCCAGGUUUACUCGCAAGCCCACUGUUCAGCAAGCAGCUAGUCCAUGGCGCCAUAUGGAAAACCUUCUAUACGAAAUUCGUCUCUAUGAUGAUGAGGAUCGCGUUCGUGGUGAAUUUCCUCGUCAAUGGUCCAAACAUAUCUGCAACAAUUCGUCGUGUGAAAAUCUGGCUCAUGUCGAGAAGCCUCGGAAGCGCGAUACCGAGUUCGAAAGCUUUGUUGCAAAAACACGAACGCGUUUGCGCACAAUGCUUCAUUGCCAAUACUCAUUCGGAACUAUCGUUGGCGCGCCUGUGAUAUUCUUUUUGGGCGGCUUUAUAUUCGCCCUUUUGAGCAGCCUUGAGCAGUUUGGAGAUCAAGAUAUUGCCGAAGCUCUAGCGUUUGGGCAGUGGUACAUGAUUAUUCCUCAUAUUUCUAUUAUAUCCGGAUUGUUGCUCGCAGGCAACAAUCCUAAUAUUCUGGAAGGCGUCUUCGCGACAGAACGUGGUGAAGAAGUAGAUGUCAUACGAUUCUUUGGCCUUCGUUUCGGACUCGCAUUUCCUAGCUGCUACAAGACAGCCUGGCAAUGGAGACGAGGUCAUGUGAAGAAAGGGUGGAUUGAAAAGAUCAUAUCAACCUAUGGCACUCGCAAAGACCACGAGUAUAUGGGCCAGACCGAGGAAGACAAAGACAUGAUGGACCUCCGCGAGAGAACGACCCUAGUGGCGUUUGAUUGGGUCUUUAUUCUGGCCCUCAUGUCAUUGCUGAUCUACGUGCCAUACAUUCUAGCCUUCAUGACGUCCUACUUCACGCCGCCCAUCGGUUUGGCCUGCCGCUCGCUUACGUCUAGUGUUUAUGCUUGUAGCCAAGCCGGCCAGAUCUUGCUUUGGUUCUGGACCAACGUCGGAGAAGCAUCGGCAGAAGGGUAUACAGACCACCUGAAGGUGCUAGAUUAUGAGACGAGAAACACAUGGCUCCACAGAAGUGGCUUUUUUAAAGCCUCAUCCAUCAGUUGGCUCACUAAUUCCAAUCCACAUUGGAACCCCAGAAUGCCUUGGCUCAUCCUAAAGUCAAAGCGAGUGUGGACGGCCAGAAUGCUAUGGUGCGUCAUUUACCACUUCUUUGCCGUGAUCUUCGGCAUAGGCGCUGUCUUCUCAGUCCUUGGUGGGACCACCAUGCAACUUAUGGGCGUUUACUCGGCAAAUAUAUGCUCUGUUCAAGCAAGAUACUGGCUCUCACCUCACGAAAGUCGCCCGGGCGUUGUGGCCUCGAAAAACACUGCAGCGGCAAUCGAGGCAGCGCGGAGGUAUUGGGAGCCAUGCGCCAUUACUGCAAUAAUGUUUCUGGCUUUUGUCAGUUUCAUAGGGUGGUGGUACCAGCGGAGGAUGCGGGAUCUUUUUGCCGAAUUGGUACGUAAUAUUGACGCGCAAAAAUAUGACAGAGACGAUACGCGCAUGGCAAGACCAUUGAGGGACAGACGACCACAUGAGCUCGGGGCUGUUACCGUUGACAGUGAAAUUUAG